UCCGGGAUGAUGCUGCCUGUAUAAGGGGGGUGAACUCGGAGCGCACGUAUCUCCUGCUGCGCACACACGCACAGCAAAAGUGAAGUGAAGAUGCUUCUUUCCAUUCGAUCAACAGUCCAGCUCGAAAACCAUUCACUCCUUCUCCUCCUCCUUCUCCUUCUUCUCCUUCUGCCACUAGAGCGCCAACCUGUACCCUUCCCUGGUUUACGGGAGGAACUUACGCAUCCGGGCUCGUCCAGCUCGGAGGAGGCGCGAGGAGCCAGCAGCGAGCCGGAGCACCGUCAUCACAAUAGCGUGUCCGUGGAGAGCUCCGCGUCGGUAUGGAUGCGCUGACAAAAGGACGUUACCUCUCCAUAACGGGCCUCCUGCUCCUUGUUUACUGCACCGGAUCAGUGAUCUCCAAAGGUGCUGCUGGGGAUGUUCAGUCUGACGGCGUGCCCUCGGUGCAGGGCACCUUGCCACACUUCAUCCAGGAGCCGGAGGACGCCUACAUCGUCAAGAGUAACCCUAUUAAGCUGCACUGCCGCGCCGCGCCCGCCCUGCAGAUCUUCUUCAAAUGCAACGGGGAAUGGGUGCACCAAAAUGAACACCUGUCCCAGGAGUAUAAGGACCUCGACACUGGGCUGAAGGUGCGUGAGGUGAUGAUCAACGUGUCCCGUCAGCAGGUGGAGGACUUCCACGGGCCGGAGGACUACUGGUGUCUCUGUGUGGCCUGGAGCCACCUGGGCACCUCCAAGAGCCGCAAGGCCACCGUCCGCAUCGCCUACCUGAGGAAAAACUUUGAGCAGGACCCCCAGGGGAAGGAGGUGCCAAUCAAUGGGAUGAUUGUUCUGCACUGUCGCCCUCCAGAGGGAGUGCCUGUGGCGGAGGUGGAAUGGCUGAAAAACGAAGAGCUACUGAGUUCCCUGACUGAUGACAACAUUGACACCCGCGCAGACCACAACCUCAUCAUCAGCGAGGCCCGGCUGUCUGACUCAGGCAACUACACCUGCAUGGCCAGCAACAUCGUGGCCAAGAGACGCAGCGCCACAGCCACAGUGAUCGUCUUUGUGAACGGCGGCUGGUCCCUGUGGACAGAGUGGUCUCCCUGUAAUGUGCCAUGUGGGCGGGGUGUCCAGAAGCGAUCUCGAACUUGUACGAACCCGGCGCCUCUCAACGGCGGGGCAUUCUGCGAGGGCAUGUCUGUACAGAAGAUCACCUGCAACGCACUCUGCCCAAUUGAUGGCGGCUGGGAGGAGUGGAGCGAGUGGAGCGUGUGCAGCAGCCAGUGUGACAAGCAGCGGAGCAGGGAGUGCAACUCGCCGGCGCCCAGACACCGAGGGAAGACGUGCGAAGGGAACAGCGCGGCCACUGAGAACUGCACAGAUGGACUGUGUAUCCAGAAUCGAAAGCUGCUACAUGAUGUUAAACCUCAAAAUAUGGACGGCUCCAACGAUGUAGCUCUGUACUCCGGCCUGGGAGCCGGUAUCAUUGCUGUAGCCAUCCUGGUAGUGGCCGUCAUGCUUUACAGGAAGAACCACAGCGAGUAUGGAGUGGAUGUCAUCGACUCCUCUGCUCUCACCGGGGGUUUCCAGUCUUUCAACUUCAAGACCACCAGACAAGGCAACCCGCUGUUGCUCAACUCCUCCAUGCAGCCUGACCUGACAGUAGGACGGACAUACAGCACGGCGCUCUGCUUCCAGGACGGCACGGACAAAGACCUCUUCGACCCGCUGCCAGACAUUAAGGUCAAAGUUCAGAGCUCCUUCAUGGUUUCACUAGGAGUGGCCGAGCGGGCCGAGUUCCACGCCAAAACUCCCGCUGAGACCUUCCCCCUGGACCUGAGCCGCGACUACAGCAGCACCGUGGACCGACGCAAGAAGGGCCUGCUGACCCUCAACGGGCCCACCAGCACCGACCCGGAGCUGCUGAGGACCGACAGCGUGUUCGGCCACCCUGGAGGACGCCUGGUGGUGCCAAACACUGGGGUCAGCCUGCUGGUGCCUCAUGGAGCCGUGGCUGAAAAUAUGUCCUGGGAGAUGUACAUGGUGAUCAAUCAGGGAGAGGCAAGUGUCCAAACACUGGAAGGCUGUGAGAUCCUCCUGGGCCCAGAGGUGAUGUACGGUCCCCCGGGUCUGGACCUCUUCUGCCCAGUGGCCAUGACCAUCGCUCACUGCGCUGAGGUGGACACAGAGAACUGGAACAUCCAGCUGAAGAGGAAAACCCAGGACAGCAAAUGGGAGGAAGUGAUGUCGGUGGAGGAGGAGUCCACUUCCUGUUACUGCUUGAUGGACUCGACCAGCUGCCACCUGCUUCUGGACCAGCCGGGCUCGUACGCCCUGGUGGGCGAGCCCCUGACUCAAGCUGCUGUCAAGAGGCUGAAGCUGGCUGUGUUCGGGAGCCUGGAGGCCGGCUGCCUGAGCUACAGCCUGCGGGUGUACUGUGUGGACGACACGCCGCACGCCUUUCAGGGAGUGGUGGCUGCAGAGAGGAGCAGAGGAGGUCAGCUUCUCGAGGAGCCAAAGAUGUUGCCUUUCCGAGCGAACACCUUCAGCCUCCAGGUGUCCAUCCAAGAUGUUCCCCAGUUCCUGUGGAGCAUCAAACCCUUUACCACAUGUCAGGAGUUCUCCUUCCCCCAAGUGUGGUGCAGCAACCAGCAGCCCCUGCACUGUGCCUUCUCUCUGGAGAGAUUCAGCCCUGCCACCGCUCAGCUCUCCUGCAAAAUCAGUGUGCGACAGGUGAAAGGCCAAGAGCAGAUUCUGCAGGUCUACACAGCUGUGGCCCAGACAGAAAAGGAGUCCGUUCCAUUUUUUAUGCAGACAGACUGCACCAUCACGUCCCAGACGGGGCCCAGGGCCUUCAAAAUCCCCUCGUCCAUCCGCCAGAGGAUCUGUGCCACCUUCGACACUGCCAACGCCAAGGGCAAGGACUGGCAGCUCCUAGCCCAGAAGCUCCACUUAGACCGAAACCUGGGUUAUUUUGCGAAGCAGCAGAGUCCGUCGGCGGUCCUACUGAGCCUGUGGGAGGCUCGCCAUCAGGACACUGCUGACCUUGACUCUCUAGCCAGCGCCCUGGAGGAGAUUGGCAAGAUCCACUCCAAAAGCUCCCCCAAGGACCAGGAUGAACCGGAGCCUGACUUCAAUCACAUCCAGGAGGGCAGUAUGUGUGGAAUGGGCAAACUAACAAAUCAGGCAACAGAGGACUCUACCCCUGAAUAUACCGGCUGAAAGGGAAGAGAGGGAGGAAAAACUGACAAAGUGAAGCGUAUAUCUUUGUACCCACGCAGCCGGUGAUGGACAGCACACUGUGGCGGUGGGCUGGAAGGUCAUGAGUUAGUGAGGAGGUGGUGUGAGCCGCCAUCAUGCCGAGCCGUCCAGUGACAGAUGGAGGUGAGCCGCUACCUGCUGGGGAUCUACCCCCUCCUCAAAAGAUGGACUGUAAAUCUUUUUCUGCCUUUCCACUUCAUUUUACAUUCAUUUUUUUUUUAAUGUAUUUGUUGUUUUUAGUUAAAGCUGCCCUGUAGAACCUGAUAAUGUAAUAAAUUCCCCAUAAUGUAAUAAAAAUCUGCACUUGAGUCCAUUGAAAAUGUAAUAAAACCUGAUAAUGUAAUAACUUCCCGAUAAUGUAAUAAAGUGCAUUUCCCAAUAAUGUAAUACACUUUUUACCAAUAAUGU